AUGUUGAAUUAUCCUUAUCUAUUAGAGAAGUACAAGAAAAUAGAAGCACCAGGUCCAUUUAUUCCAAUCGCAGGCGCUGUGCUCGCUAUUGCGGCAGCCAUGUACGGCAUCAAAACAGUGCUCAGGAACGGAUGGAGUGGAACACACAAUGUCAAAAAAUACAGAGUGAUUCCAACGCCCCCAGGCUCUGUGCUUUUCUUUGGUCAUAAACUGUUGCUGGGCGACAUACCAGCACACAAGAUUGCUGAAUGGCACAAGGAAUUGGGGCCUAUUUUGAAAGUUAAGAUGGGCAAUGAAGACUGGAUAUACGUCGCUGAUGCUGGCAUGGCGUAUGAACUAUUUACCCUGGAAGACAGCUUGACAUCCAACAGUCUUCAUUUCAUGUGUGGGGAUGCUAUUUAUGGCGGAGAGGAAGGACGCACUGCAUUUGGUCAUGAUGAUGCUAAAUGGAAAGACAUUCGGUCUGUUAUGCUGCAAUUUCUAUCGCCUAGCUCAUUCAGAAGAUCUUAUGCCACUUUGCAAGAAGAGGCACAAAAGACGGUGGAUUUGCUCAUCAAAAAGACUCGACAGCAUGGAAGCGUAGAUCCUCUUUCUUUCAUUCGAUUUAAUUCCAUCAACAUUAUCUUGAAAACGUCAUUGGGACAGCAAGGCGCAAAGUCAUUGCACGAUCCUUUAUAUAGGUGCCUGAUGAAUAGAGAUGGCGUCUAUUUGCAGUAUACCACCAUCAGAAAACCUUGGUCUUGGAUGUCCCAUUUGCAUCGUUUGUUUAGCAGAGAAACUAGUCCAAUGAACGCCUUGUAUGCGCCAUUACAGAGAGUGAUUCAAAGGGCUCGCAAGAGUGAUACGGAUAACGUGGUGAAAAGACUCGAUCUGUUGAAGGAAGAGUAUGUUAUCGACGAGCACAAUAUUGCUGCAAUUACGGGUGAACUGCUUGUCGCUGGUAUGGAUGCUCUGUCUAGUGCCACUGCUUGGACAUUGGCUAUCCUAUGUCAUCACCCUGAUGUACAACAAAACCUCGCUCGAGAAAUUGACAGUUUCAUCAUAAAGCAUUACCGCUUCCCUACAUUUGAUGAUCUCCCUGAACUACCAUACUACAAUACUUUGCUAAAAGAGUGUCUUCGUUUCCGUCCGCCUGUUUACUUUGGUAUUCCCCGCAAAGCGAGUAAAGAUGUUGUAUGCAGGAACUAUCUGAUUCCCAAAGGAAGCACGAUUGUAGGCAAUAUCCAUGCAAUCAGCCACGACAACUAUGUGGUUCAAGAUCCUGAAAAGUUUCUCCCAGAGCGAUUUCAAUAUGAUUCACGUACAUUGCACGCUGGAGCCUAUGAGGGAUCUGAAGCACACUAUGCAUUUGGGUGGAAAAAACGCAUCUGUCCUGGCAUUUCCUUGGCAGAAGCCCAAAUCUUCAAUAUUGUAACAAAAGUCAUGUCCAGAUGUACUAUUGAGCCUGCUAUCGCGUCGAAUGGUCAAGACGAGUAUCCAAAUUUAGAUGAUGGAAGAAGUGUAGGUGCAACUGUGGUGCCAGGCCCGUUCAAGCUUCGAUUCGUUGAACGCAGUGAUAGGACGAUUGUAUGA